UUUUUGUUCCCUGCAGGUAGUGGAUACUUGAACACAAUGGUGGUUGCUUCUGGAAUUAACUCCUAUGCCAAGGAGAUGGCCAUCCGAAAAAGGAUGGCAAACAUAUUUAACAAGAGGGAAGAUGAUUUUCCAUCGUUGAAAGAAUAUAAUGAUUACUUGGAAGAAGUGGAGGACAUGACAUUCAACUUGAUUGAAGGCAUAGAUGUCCCUGUUCUUGAAGCGAAAAUUGCCAACUACCAGGAAGAAAAUGCGGAGCAGAUAAUCAAUGCUCGAGCUCGUAAGGCAGAAGAACUUGCAGCAGCUCUUGCAGCAAGCAAGGGACAACCUGCUCAGGCUGAUUCAACAAUUGAUGGGGCUCCAAGUCAGAACUCUCAAGCAGGUGGUGGGCAGGGCCAAUAUGCUCCAGCUAUUCCGGGUGCCACAAUUGGACAACCACGCCCAACAGGCAUGGCCCCACAACCUGUCCCAGUUGGUUAUGCAGCUGAUGAUAAAGAAAUGAUGAAGCUCCGAGCAGAGAGAGGUGGAAGGGCAGGAGGAUGGAGUGCAGAAAUGAGCAGGAAGAGGGCAAUUGAGGAAGCUUUUGCUAGCAUCUGGAUUUGAUUUCCCAGUAGACAUUCCUACAUAUUAACCCCACAAACUGAGGGGCAUUGCAUUCAUGUGAAAUGCAGCAUGGUUUCAACGAUGUUCUGGUCGGGCUGCUUGAUCUUUUGAGUGCAAAAGAGUAUCAGUUCUGUCAUCGCAUAAUCAUUAUUGAGAUGACAAUGGAAAGGUUGGAUCGAGUGGAUUUUACAGUGGAAAGGUUGGACACCGAGUGUAUGUUAA